CUGUUUACUUCUGAGGAUGAUCAUUGCCUUUAUUGCCCAUAUCUCACUGAGAACCGCAAAGCUUUUGGAAAACAGAAAACUACCACACUAGAAAUCGUGGAGGAUUGAUAAAUUAUGAAUGUUUAAUCUUCAUUUUUUAAGCUUCUCUAGAGUGGCUGCACUCACGCUUGUAUGGUGGCUUGACAUCAAGGGAAGGAUCGAAACAAACAUUCUGUCUCCAAAAUCAACUUAUGGAGCUCAUUUUGUGUAUAAACUUAAGGAACCUAACUGGGCGUUUAAGGAAAUACUAGUUGAGUUUUGCGUAUAUUUUGAAGGAGAAAAGGAGGUCCAUAAACAUGGGGCUGGGCGUGAAAUGUUCUUAGACCCUUCAAAAGAUAAGCAGGAGCUAUGUGAAGUAAGAGAAGAUGGGCUGUUGGAGGUGGAAAUAGGUGAGUUCUUCAAUGAUGGUGGAGAGGAUCAUCAGAUGGUGGUUUGCAUUAUAAUGGAGACUGUUAUUAGAAGAAAAAUGGGUUCCUCAAGUUUGCAUAAGGUGAAGGAAGAUGGUAAAGUUGUUCAACCAAAGGAGAACCAGAACGCCGAGGACAAAACAGAGCAGCAAACAGAGAUCAUCACCAACAUGGGACAAGGACUCUACUGGGCUGCAGCAAGAGGCGAUUUCAGUAUGUUUCAAGAUAAAGAUCAACUUCAAAAUCUACUAACUCCAAAUAAGAACACAAUCCUUCAUAUCUAUAUCACAACCGCUGAAUAUCUCAAACCAACCACUUUUGUGGAAAGUGUACUUACUAAGUGUCCAGCGCUGCUGAUGCAGCCCAACAAGAAAAACGAGACUCCCCUGCACAUAGCAGCGAGAUAUGGACAUGAUUCAAUACUGAAGAUGCUCAUUCAACAUGCAAAAGGUCUUCAUCCUCAAAACCAGGAGAGAGGUUUAGAAGAAGCCAGGCGGAUGAUGAGGAUGCUUAAUGAAAAUCACGAUACAGCUUUCCAUGAGGCGGUUCGAUUUCAUCAUCUAAGUGUGGUGCAAAUAUUGAUAGAGGAAGACCCCAAUUUGGUAUAUUUGGCUAAUAGGGAACAGGAGACUCCACUCUACAUGGCAGCUGAGAGAGGAUACAGUGAUAUUGUGUUUAAGAUAUUAGACAAGUGCAAAUCACCAAAUACUGGUGGUCCUGAUGGCAGAAAUGCUCUGCAUGCUGCCACUAUACGAAAAGAUCAAGAAAUGAUAAAAAAGAUCCUAGCAAAAAUGGGAGAUCUGUUGAAAGAAACAGAUCGAGUGGGCUGGAAUCCGUUGCACCAUGCUGCAUAUAUGGGAUAUCUUCCUGCAGUGAAACUGUUUCUAGAAUUACCAAUUGGCAGUGCAGAAGCAGCGUACAUGAAAGACACAGAAGGAAACACUGCUCUUCAUCUUGCAGCUGCUUGGGACCAUGAGGAGGUAACAUCAGAAAUUAUACAAAAAUGUCCGGAAUGCUGUGAAUUAGUGAACAAAGCAGGCUCGAGUAUUUUACACGCUGCUGUGCAGAGCGAUGGUACUACUCAACGGGCAAUGGAUGCUAUACUGAAAAGGAAUGCGCUCAAAAACUUGUUGAAUGAAAAGGAUAAUAAAGGGAACACACCACUCCAUCACAUUGCCAUUUCACUUAAUAUUGACCUGGUUGAUCUCAUUGAUCACAGUGGAGUGGAUAGAAUGGCAUUCAACAAUCAAAACCAAAAUGCACUUGACCUUGCUUCCGCUACUAAAACUCAAGCAGCGAGGAAGAACCAAUUUAUACAACGCUUGCAAAAGAAAGGUCUGAGGUCGGGCACUCGACUACAACACCAUCCCUCAAAUGAUGAUAAAGAGGAAGAAAUUGAAGAGGAUGCUUCUACUUUAUCUGAGCUAGAUAAAGCCAAGGAUGCUAAUUUGAUAGUUGCUGCACUGAUUGCCACAGUAACUUUUACGGCAGGUUUUACUGUACCAGGAGGUUUUAUUAGUGACAAAGGGCCAUUACAGGGCACUCCAAUACUCGGAGAUAGCUCAGCAUUCAAGACAUUUAUCAUAAUGGAUACCUUAGCCAUGGUCCUCUCUAGUUCUGCCGUCUCUGUUCACCUCUUUUUGAGAUUCAGAGAAGAUAAGUCGAGGUUGCUAUGGUAUUUUAUUCUUGCCUUUGCUCUAACCGCCAUGGGCAUGGCAGCGAUGGUGCUUGCAUUUGUUACAGGCACUUAUGCAAUAUUAGGCUAUUCCCGGGCACUUUCAAUUGUUGCUUGUGUCGUUGGAUUGUCUUUCUUUAUUUUAUUCUACAAAUUAUUAACAAAUUUUUUCUCCUCAUAAAUUGGAUAUAUGGACCUUCAUAGGCAAUUCUACAACAUCAAUUUAAGGUCCUAACAAUUGAAGCAGGUUACUUUAUUGUGUCAUUUGAUUAUAUUUGAUUGUAGUGGUCGUUUCCUUAAUUAUAUGUACGUCUAAGGGAAGAAAAAAAAAAAUAUAUAUAUAUAUAUAUAUAUAUAUUUUUUUUUUAAUGCUCCCCUUGGGUCUAAAUGAAUUAUGAUUAUUAA